AAUCGAAAGUGUCCCUGAAUUGCAUUGUGGAAAUGGAAACUUCAGUGAAGUACAUGUGCGUUCUCGCGUUUCUUGUGUGUAUGACCAUUUCAGGGCUCAAUGGAGUCGAGGGAACUGCUGGUUAUUAUGGUCCGUGUGGGAAACACGACAUCGAGAAGGAGGCUGAGAAGUUGGAAGCAUGUACGUACGCAGCACAGCAUCGGAGAGUCCCGGUUUCCGAGCGUUGUUGCACUGUGAUGGAGAAAAAGGUGAAGAAUCCAGCAUGCCUUUGUGCUGUUCUGUUUUCUCAAACAGCGUACAAUGCGGGAGUGAGGCCGGAAAUUGCAGUGACCAUUCCGAAACGCUGCAACAUUGUUGAUCGCCCUGUUGGUUACCAGUGUGGAGGUUUCACUCUUCCUUAACUCUGAAGAUUCCCCAUUGUGUGGCAUCAGCAGUAUAAGCAUGCUGGAUUCAUUGUGAUAUCCAGCAUGCUGGAUUCAUUGUGAUAUCCAGCAUUUUAAGUUAAAUAAAAUCUGUUGAUGUAUCUUUCAAUACCAAGUAAAAAGUGGCGUUGUUUCUUUGAAUAAUACUAAAUAAAAGGUCCCUUCUCUUUGCAAAA